GUUUAAUGAAAUAUACCCAUAUUCUUUCAAUUUUUUUUUAUUUAACCAUCUAUGUCUAUUUUAUCCCUAAUAAAAAUUAAAAAUAACUUGAAUGUCUUUUUUUUUUUUUUUUUUUUUUUUUUUUUUUUUUUUUUUGGGAGAACCCACGCCUCAGUCCCAAGUCCCUUCCUUUUUUCUACAGAUAAUCCCUUCCAUUAAAAACAAAAAAAUCACUGCUUUCUUCUCUCAGCUUUCUUCUUUCUCCGUAAAAAAGCAUCUCUCAUCUUAAGUAUCUGUGUAUUUUUUUCAGUUUGAUUAUUUGCAAAAACAAAAAAAAAUAGCUUGAUACGUGGAUAUUAUUGUAUAUAUUGUAGAUAUUGCUGUGGAUAUUGCUCUGUUGCCUACGAUAAAGCAGUGGCAGUUCGAUCUCUAAGCCUUGCCAACUGACCUUAUCAGCAGGUAAUUAAUUAAUUAAUUAUUGGAGGAGGAGUUAAGGAGCUGAGUAAUGGGAUUGGGGACUGAGUAUUGCGACGCCAUAGCAGAGAUCAUAGAGAAAGAGAGAGUGAGAGGGAAAAGGAUCGUGUGGGGAAGGGAAAAGGAAAGGAAUGGAGUAAAAAAAAUAAAAAAAUUAAAAACAGAUAACAGAGAGAGAGAGAGGGAAAUUGGAUGCGAAAUGUGAUAGACGGGAUAUUGGCAAGAGAGAGAAAUCGUACGUGGUUUAUAGAGUAAGGGUAGAGUUGGAAUAAUGAAAAGAAGGUGGGUAGAUAAAAAAAAAUUUAAAAGAGAAGGACUUUAAAAUAAGGGUAUUGGACUAAAUUCUCCAGAUUUUAUGUGAUUGAGGCUUGCUCAAUAACGCGCCUAGUUUGGAUUUUGAGCAUGCUUGACUUUAGCCCAGCACCUGAUAAGGUUUGAUCCAAUCGAAAAUGAGAUAUUAUUUCAAUAAUAUUUUCAAUUAAAGUUUUAAUUACAUUUUAUUUUAUCUAUUUGAGCUAUUCCUUUGUAUUUUUCACUGUAUAUUCCAAAAUAAAUUAAAAUAUUUUUAAUGGUAUGAAAUGAGGUUUAUGAUAAAACAAAAUUAAUAAAGCUUAAAAAACUACCGACUCAUCAUCACAUCAUAGCAAUAAAAAGAUACAACACAUACCAAAUAUUAGUAGCUAUUUAAUAUGCAUGUUGUAUGUAGUUGCCUCCAUCACCAAGUUUAAUCUCAAAUAAUGCAAGGGUUGGGAAAUGAAUAUAACCUGACUUAUAGAAAUUCAUUGAUGUUUAUAUUUUUAUUGAUAUCAGAAAUAGAGAGAAUAAAACUAGUAAUUAUUGGGGGGGAAAAAAAAAUAGUAGCUUUAUCAUUGAUGAAUGAAUUUGAGUCAUUUAGUUAUAAAUUUUUUGUGUAUAAUCCAUACUAAGGACAAUUCAAUCUCCUAUGAUUUUGUCACCCACUCUCAUUUGGCACUAGUAGAGCUAUUGAUGAAAACCAUUAGCCUCUCAUGAUUUUAAGUUUUUAAUAUGCAUCAGAAUGUACAGUAAGUUAGUAACUACUGGUAUUCGAUUACUAUUUAAAUACUGACUGCUAAAUUACAUUUUUCAGUAUUUUUAUUAUUAAUUUUUGAAGUGGGUGCAGAUUGAGAUUUGAGAGAGACCAUUAAGAAGUCGGUUUGUUUCUUUAGCAACUACUUACAAUACAAUAAGAAAUAAAACGUUUAAAAACCUUAUAGCAAAUCAUUAACCCAACUGUAUCAAGUAAUUAAAUAGCUAGUUUAUUAUGGUGUAUGUCGGCAUAAUAUGCAUGCAAAAGAAUAUUAUAUGAUAUGUGAUACCAUUGUAAAAAUCGUCAUUGCUCCGUAUUGGCAACAAACUUCAUUCCUGCCCGCAAGAUAUUUUUAUUUUUAUUUUUUUUAAAGUGAGAAAAGCACACAGAAUCUCAAUUAUAUAAAUGCUUGAAAACAAUAAACGAUGAAUCCUAAGAAGUUGAACAACCCCACAGAUUACAAACAAUCAAGUUCCCUGUCGCCUAACUGCCUGUUUGACAGACAUUCCAUAUCAAGUCUUCUAUUACAGAAAAAACAAGUGAGAAAGGUCAUUCUGGAGUAUUCUUAUAUAUGUUCACUGUUCAGGGUAUAUGCCAAAAAAAAAAUUGUUUGUUUUGCAUGGACAACUCAUCCACUUUAGUGACCACUAUUUUAAACAAAUUCACUUUUCUACUUUAAACUAAAAUUAUCUUAUUAUUUGUUUCUUUAAUCGUCGACGCUUGCUGCUGGAAGGAUGGUCAGCAUGAUGGCGUAUAUAUUUGGAGAACUUUUGUUUAAUGACCCAUGAAACUAUAUAGAAGUUAUUAUCAUUGUGUAUAUAUAUAUAUAUAUAUAUAUGGAAUCAUAUGUACCAGAAUACAUAUAUAUAGAGAGAGAGGUAUAAAACUGGUAUGUCAUUGAAUCGUGCCAAUUAUAGCAUAAAACUGGCAGUGGCUUUUAACCUAUAACAAAAUAAGCCAAGUAGACCAACCAACCAAUAUGUAAAAGUUGAUCCAAGACCAUGAAACUAACCAUAUACAUAGAGAAUGGACAUUCUAGUUUGUCUUAUGCUGCCCUGUUUUCAUCGUCUCUAUUGUCUUUUGUUACAUUACAGCUGUUAAAAACAAAUAUAAAAUGCAAUAUAUCAGACAAAAUAAGCAAGCAUGCAAAUUUUUUCACUUAUAUAUGUAUACAUUGACUCGAUCAAAAACCACUCCACCAGUCAAGAAAACAGAGAAAGGAAGAAUUUAAAGGUAACAGAGGAAAAAAGAGAUAAAUUGAUCGUCAAGGAAACAAUUGAUAAUACAUCAAGAUAUGGAAUUCAUGGUAAAGAAUGAAGAGAAUUCCAUGGGGAGGCGCCGCCUUUGCAUGGCAGACGAUGAGGUACUGGCAGUGGGGUGUGUGAAGAGACGGCGAAGAGAUUCAGCUUUAGUUGCAUUAAGCUGUGAUGAUAAUAACCAGCAGGGUCAACAGCCACAGCAAGAAGCUGGUCAUCAAACUUCUUCUGCCACAACCGUGAAGAGAAGCUCGAAAUUUCGCGGUGUCAGCAGGUCUUUUAGGAUUUAACAGAUCUUCUUUAUGGAUGUAUAGAUUAUUGACACAAGUUUCUCACCUUACUAAUAUACGUAGAAUCUGAUUAAAAUGAUCACAGACAUAGAUGGACCGGUCGGUAUGAAGCCCAUUUGUGGGAUAAGCUUUCUUGGAAUGUAACACAGAAGAAGAAAGGGAAACAAGGUAUGUGAUUUCUUUCUUACUUUUCGCUCCUUUAGAAUAUUAAUCAUUUUUCUUCUACCCUAUUAUGGAUAUUGACUUUUGAAUUUUCUAUGCCUUUAUGUUCUCUUUCUCUUAUGCACUUUGGAUUUGGUUAUUUCGAACGGACUGAGCAGUUUACCUUGGUGGGUUAUUUUCGCUCUUUCCUAAAGCUUUUUUUCUGUUAUGAGUAUGAUAUGAGAUAAUUAGAGGUGACAUAUAUUCUUCUUAAUUUAUCAGGAGCUUAUGAUGAAGAAGAAUCUGCAGCAAGAGCUUAUGAUUUAGCUGCCCUCAAGUACUGGGGAACAUCCACUUUCACAAAUUUCCCGAUAACAGAUUACGAGAAAGAGAUUGAGAUAAUGCAAACUGUCACAAAAGAGGAGUAUUUGGCUUCUUUAAGAAGAAAGAGCAGUGGGUUCUCAAGAGGGGUAUCCAAGUAUAGGGGAGUUGCAAGGCACCAUCAUAAUGGUAGAUGGGAAGCAAGAAUAGGGAGAGUUUUUGGAAACAAGUACCUCUACCUUGGCACUUACAGUACCCAGGAGGAAGCGGCUCGGGCUUAUGACAUAGCAGCAAUCGAGUACAGAGGAAUUAAUGCUGUCACCAAUUUCGAUUUAAGUACUUACGUAAGAUGGUUAAAGCCAGGAUCUGCCAACCAAAUUGCAACUUCUCAUGAAUCAGAGAUACUUACAGAGCCCCCCACAAUAUCAUCAUCUACACAUGCCAACUACACCUCAACAACAGAUGAAUCCUCCUUCUUCAACACCAUCCAUCCUUUUACAUCCUCUGAUCAUUACUUGAACUCUCCUCAGAAUCAACAGGUUUUCGAAACUAAACUCCCUCUCAACACCUCCAACAAGUCGUCUUCUUCUCCCACGGCACUUGGCAUCCUGCUUCGAUCUUCAAUAUUCAGAGAAUUGGUUCAGAAGAACUCAAAUAUCUCAGAGGAGGAAGAUACCGAUGGAGGAGAUGAUCAACAACUGAAGAGCCAACCACAGGUUGGUAGUGACGAUGAUAAGUAUGGUGGCAUGUUCUGCGAUGGAAUUAGUGAUAUCCCAUUUGUUUGCAGUUCCAAUGAAGAGAGCGUAGAGCUGCAGGAAAGAGAGCUCCACUUCAUCAUGUGAGUGACAAGUACUACUACAUGGGAUUUUGUUCAAAAAGCAGACAUGAAUUUGCUUACAAAAUUAAGUAUGCAGAUGUCUUGGAGCACUUUUAGUUUCCUUGAGUUCUGUCUUUCUUUGGUUUUAGAGAUAAGCUAGCUUGUUAAUGCACGAAUAGUUCCCUCACUUGUAAAUAGAAGGAGUUGGUUGUCUCAUAAGAUUAAUGAAUUAACGCACUAAGUUGAAUCAUGCAAGCCGGCAAGGAUUUUUCAUCUUAGGUUAAUGAAAUAAAUUCAAUUUUUUGUCCAGUACAGGGAGAGAAACUCCCAAAUGGAUUUCUACUUCAUGACUUCAAUGAAAACUAGCCUAAAACUUUCAGCUGUUUCUGUCUGAUUUUAUUUUCUCCUUUUCUUUCAUCCAACAUGAAUUUCAAACUGCAGUACCUAAAGAGUUAGACCUAAGAAAAUAUAAAAAUAUAAAAAUAAAAAAAACUCGAGAAAAAGGUGAUGAGCCAUGGAUGAAAAGUACGUUAAGGUGGCUUAAGAAAACGGAAAGUAACUUCAAGUCGUUUCAAGAAAAACAUGAAACGGAAAAUCAUUGGAGAAUAAUAUGAGAAGAUCGUUAAAAUGGCUUUUCUUGAAUUAUGUACCAUUCCUUCAAGGGGUUAUAUGGCCUUCUCUUUUGUCUUAUUGUUAUUAUUACUAUCAUUUUUUUUUAUAACCUAAGAAUAAUGCACCCUUCAUCUUUCUCCGUAAGUCUGAGGUCCAAAAAUAUUCCUCAGCCGCUUCGUAUUUAACCAAUUACCCAUCAAGAUUAUUGCCAUGGAUGCAUAUCAUUUAAUUUGUUUAGCAGAAGAUCUUCUAAAGAUAAUUCUGGCCAAAAUAUCCAGUUGCAGACCCCUUCCAACUUUCACCAUUCUAACAUUUCAAACUCUUUAAACACUAUUAUAACUUACUUUAUGCAACAAUUCUAAGACCACUGAGCUGAGUAAGGUUUUGGCAUUUCAAUUCACAUAAAUAACCCAUCACAAAACAAUCUCAACUCGAAAGUAUGAAGGAUGACAUGUUAGACUUGUCCCAGCUUCAAAUUUUUGGAACUCAAACCAACAUUCUAAUGCAUGGACUAGUUUGCCAUCUCAAGGAGUA